AUGCCAAUCGUCGAUUAUACUGAUGAACACCAAACAUUAUCAUGUCAACGAACAAUGACAUUAAAGCAAAUAGUCAUAUUAUUAACGAAACAACCAUGUGCUCAAAUCAUUGGAAAAGAAGAUCAACGACAACUGAAUAAGCGCAAUACAGAUGCUGGUAAUGUUGAUAUACAUGCCUUGCAAACAACUAUUAAUGAUCAUCGUACAAUGAUCAAUUAUUUAAUUAAUAAUUCCAUCAAUGCAACAUAUGUAUCGGAUGCUAUUACCAAUCAUCAUUCAAAAACUGGUCCAAUUUUAAGUAGUUGGCGAGACAUUAUUGAUUUGUGUACAGUUACAUUAUUUGUUGGUUUCAUAAUCUAUUAUUGUAUCUGUCGCACGGGCUGUACCACAUGUGAUAAAGUAUUAUCGUAUUGUUGCAAACCAAUCAUUACUCGUAUACGUGAACAAGAACAACCACCACAUACUAUCGUCAACCAGAAAACUCCUCGAAAAAUGCGACAACGACAACGAGCACAUUCACCAAUGGCGUCUAUUGAAAAUGACAUUAGCCAAUAUCAUCAUGGAUAUAUAACCGAUUAA